UGCAUUUUUGAACUGUGUGGAUGGCCCAGGCCGCUGCUGAUGAGUGAGGGUGGAAACUCUGGAAGGACCACCUAGGUAGGAGCUGCCAGGCUCUGAGGAACACCAUGUUGGCUGUCCCUGGAGUAGCGAGCGGUUGGUCAGUGCACUGGUGUGAGUUGCCUUUUGACGUAGCUGAAGCCAUGGCCCACUGCUAAGACCCAAGUGUCCUGUACCCCACGGGCAGUCCAGAAUGACUGAAGAAGCAUGCCGAACGCGGAGCCAGAAGCGAGCCCUUGAGCCCGACCCGACAGAGGACGAUGCAGAGAGCAAGAAAAUAAAAAUGGAGAGAGGACUCUUGGCUUCAGACCCCAACACCGAGGAGGACACAAGGGUGACGCCAGAGCUGGGAGCAGGCCCAGCCCGAGGACUGCUGGGGGCCGCGGAGGCCACAGCCACGGCCAUCUGCAGAGGUGAAGGGCUGCUGGGCGACGGGCCCGUGGACAUGCGCACCUCCCACAGUGACCUGAAGUCUGAGAGGGGGCCCCCCUCCCCCGACGUGAUCGUGCUGUCUGACAGCGAGCAGCCCUCCAGCCCUCGGGUGAACGGGCUGACCAAGGUGGCCUUGAAGGAGACCAGCACAGAAGCCCUCAUGAAGAGUACUCCUGAAGAACGGGAAAGGAUGAUCAAGCAACUGAAAGAAGAGUUAAGAUUAGAAGAAGCAAAACUCGUUCUGUUGAAAAAGCUGCGGCAGAGUCAGAUACAGAAGGAAGCCACCACCCAGAAGCCUGUGGGCUCUGCUGCGAGCGCUGUGACCACCCCACCCCCACUGGUGCGGGGCACCCAGAACCUUCCUGCUGGCAAGACAUCGCUUCAGACCUCCUCCACCCGAAUGCCUGGCAGUGUCAUCCCGCCGCCCCUGGUCCGUGGUGGGCAGCAGGUGUCCUCCAAGCUGGGGCCGCAGGGCAGUGCGCAGGUUGUCAUGCCCCCGCUUGUCAGGGGGGCCCAGCAGAUCCACAACAUCAGACAACAUUCCAGCACAGGGCCCCCGCCACUCCUCCUGGCACCCCGCGCCUCUGUGCCCAGUGUGCAGAUUCAAGGACAGAGAAUCAUCCAGCAGGGACUCAUCCGUGUCGCCAACGUCCCCAGUGCCAGCCUGCUCGUCAACAUCCCACAGGCCGCCCCAGCAUCUCUGAAGGGGACUACGGCUGCCUCUGCCCAGGCCAACUCCACGCCCACCAGCGUGGCCUCUGUGGUCUCCUCUGUUGAGUCUCCAGCCAGCCGGCAGGCAGCCGCCAAGCUCGCCCUGCGCAAGCAGCUAGAGAAGACACUGCUGGAGAUUCCCCCACCCAAGCCCCCCGCCCCAGAGAUGAACUUCCUGCCCAGCGCUGCCAACAAUGAGUUCAUCUACCUGGUUGGCCUGGAGGAGGUGGUGCAGAACCUGCUGGAGACGCAAGCGGGCAGGAUGUCAGCUGCCGCCGCCGCCGCCGCCACACUGGCCCGAGAGCCCUACAUGUGUGCUCAGUGCAAGACAGACUUCACCUGCCGCUGGCGCGAGGAAAAGGGCGGUGCCAUCAUGUGUGAGAACUGCAUGACAUCCAACCAGAAGAAGGCGCUCAAGGUGGAGCACACAAGCCGCCUGAAGGCCGCCUUUGUGAAGGCGCUGCAGCAGGAACAGGAGAUUGAGCAGCGCCUGCUGCAGCAGGGCCCAGCACCUGCCGCGGCCAAGGCCGAGCCCACCGCCCCGCACCCCGCGCUCAAGCAGGUCAUAAAGCCCCGGCGGAAGCUGGCGUUCCGCUCAGGAGAAGCGCGUGACUGGAGUAACGGGGCUGUGCUACAGGCCUCAAGCCAGCUGUCCCGGGGUUCAGCCGCAACACCCCGAGGUGUCCUGCACACCUUCAGCCAGUCGCCCAAACUGCAGAAUGCAGCCUCGGCCACGGCGCUGGUGAGCAGGACCGGCAGACAUUCCGAGCGAGCCGGGGGCGCCAAGGGCAGCACCGCCACCAACUGGAAGAAGACGCCCUUGAGCACAGGUGGGACCCUUGCGUUUGUCAGCCCCAGCCUGGCUGUGCACAAGACGUCCUCGGCCGUGGACCGCCAGCGAGAAUACCUCCUCGACAUGAUCCCGCCACGCUCCAUCCCCCAGUCGGCCGCAUGGAAAUAGUGCAAGCCCGGCCCAGUGGAGGACAGGUGCCCUCCCCACCCAGCACGGCCUGACACCACACCGCUGCAGAAGAUGCAGAGACCACACGAUGGCAGCAGACCCCUGCCCGGCUGCUGUCUGGUCGCAAGGGGCCGCUCUCCGUCGACAAGGGUCAGAGCCGAGGGACCUUUCCCUGGGCUUCCUUCCUUCCUCUCUUUGCCUUUAGUUUGCCCAACACCAGCAGAAACGUGGACCUCAGGGCCGGCUCUGGUCCCAGCCCUCCUGGCCGGCGCCGGCUCACCCUGGACAUUGACCGUCCCAGCACAGCUGGCACCGGGGCCUCAGAAGUUGAGCGGGGCGUCUUGAUUCUUUAUGCUUCUCCCUGUCCUAGGCUCCGAUCUUUGCUUCCUUCAUGCCAAUCUAUAGGUUGAAAGUUUGGGGUUUUGUUGGAUCACCUCAUGAUGAUGGAGUUUUGAGUGGACGGCGCAGGCCCCAUCACCUGGAGAAGGCGCCGGCCAGCGUGCGCGGCUCCGGCAGUGGACAGCCAGGCCCAGGUGGCUCAGGACAUGGGGACGCCAGUCGCGCUGCCGCCGGAAGACUCAUUGCUGCUCUUUUGGGGCCCCUGGAGCCCCCACCCUCGGCAGAAGAACAAACUGUAGCCAGACCCUGCCCAGAAGCCAGGGUUCGGGAGCCCAGCCGCCACCUCGGCAGGAGGAGGAAGCAGAGAAGGUCGUCUGCGGCGGCGGUGUGGAGCCCGCAGGAAGCGCGGGAGGCUGGGCAGGGCUGUGUGGUGGUGGUUUAUUUUAUUAAAUUUUUCCUUUCUACUCGUUUUGAUGGACACGAUCUCAGCUGCCCCGGCCGGGGCGCCGUGCGGGCACAGGCGCGGGGCAGGCUGCGCCCAGACUUGAGGAGCUCACCACACUCGAGUGUAGCUAGAACCCGCCCCUCAAUCUGGGCUGCUAUCAGGGUUUGCUUUCCGACUUCUUUUUCCUCCCCUUUAGAGUCUACAGAAACGUUUUUUUUAAAGGAUCAGGUCUGCUUUUAGUUUUGUUUUUUCCCUUCCCACUCUUUAAAAAUGGAUUCCGUGAGGAAAGGCAGAGCUGUUGUGUGUCUGCCGCACCCACACAAAAGUGGGGACGCCGCUCCCGGUUCCGCUCCAGCCCCGUUUCCCUACUGAUGCAAUUAGGGACUUUAAUUUAAAACCCUCAUUCUGUAGGACGUUCUCCAGACAACUGCGACAGCCAGCGUUCUAAUAAAGGCUCAUUUAACCCAAGUUCACGGUGUAUGAAUGUCAUCAGUCUUGGGGAUCAGUCGGACACAGUAGAGGACCUCACUUUUGGAAACCGUCCUAACUUUUAUGUUGUGCAGACCCCAGAGUUUCUCACUGAAUUGCCUUGAGUGCGUGCGUGACUUCACUGGGCUGCAGAGGGGAGAGCGUGGGAGGGAGGCUGUCACCCCAAGGGCUAGGGACUCUGGGGCAGGUGGGACCUUGUUUGGAGGGGUAGGGUGUGUGUUUACCACACACACACACACACACACACACACCCCAAAAAAGUAUGCAAGCAUUUCUACCCUUCUCAGUUCUCUGGGCCUGCAAAUAGCCCCAUCCCAUCUUGCACCCUCUGUCCCCUGGCGGGCAGCUCCCCCAAGGCCACCCUGCUCCCUCGGGCUCUAUGCAGUUGCCCACCUCACCCCAGCUCCCACGCCUGGCCACACUUCUCCUCUGGGACUCACAGCCAUUGGCUGAGCCCUGGGCGCAGGGCAGUCUGUGGCUCCUCACAGGGACAGGGUGGCCCUGGCUCUUAGUGCCCCCAACCCCAGCCGCAGUCCUGGGGGCGUUCAUUCCCAUCAGGGAGGACAUACUGUGACAUAAUGUAGCUUUUUUAAAGUAUAGGGGACAAGAAUGUGAGAUGCCUUAAUCUUUCGCUUCUACAUCUUGAAAGUCUGCUUGUCUUUCUCCAGUCCCCGCUGCAGUGUAAUGGGACGGUGAACCCCAAGCGGUGACUGGCGGCCCGGCGCCCCUUUGGGCUGGCGUGUGGCUAUCCUAGCAUUACCUCUAGGGUAUCACACCGGCUGCCAAGCAUAUCCUCAGAACCCAGCUGCUGUCCCGAAGUUAUGGGGUCCCCAGAGCCCUGUAGGGGCCCCAGCUCAGCCCUGAGGCAAACUAAGGGUUUCUGGUUAUCUGUGACACCCCAGGGUGACUGGGUACUGUCCCCGAGUCAGCUGCCCUGGGGUGUCCCAGCCUCCUUGCCUGUUUGCUUGAGAGUGGGGCAGGUCCAUUGGGAGCCCCCACGGCUCUGGCCAGGGCUUGGGGACUACAGACUGUGGUGUCAUCAAGAAGCGCCCUUGAGGGGGGUGUGUCCUGGCCACUCCUCCCUGGGUCUGCCUCAGGCACAGAGGGAUGGAUGCUGCCCAGGACCUUAGUAUGGAGAACUUGGACUGAAAUCAUUCUCGGGAAGGGCAGUUUUAUAGUUCUUCACAAAGUGUGAUGGUUACACUAGUGCAGGGUAUGGGGGCUUCGAGGGGGAGGUUGUCACUUGUAUUUAUUGUGACUCUAAAUCUUGGAUAAUGUAAAAAAAAAAUUGUGCUACCAAAUGGGAACAGAAGUUGGCCUAAACCACACAGCUGGCAUUGUGGCUGUGCACUGUAUCUUGAGGUUCAGACUGGAGUUGAGACAAUAAAGGAAUGGACAUGA